AUGGCUUAUAGUCAUUACACAUCUUUCUUUCUCAUCGUCAUUCCUCUUCUCUUGACCUUCUGUAUUGGUAUUUGUUUUGCUGAAAAUGGCCAAAAGACAGUGGGCAACUGGCUAGAGAUCGCAAGCCCAGAUGAUCCUGCGGUGAUAGAGGUGGGUCAGUUUGCAGUUGAUCAACACAACAAAGAUACGAAUAGCACGUUGAAGUUUCAAAGUGUAGUCAAAGGUGAUACUCAGAUUGUAGGUGGCAUGAAUUGGAGGUUAACGAUUGAAGUCAAAGAUGAUAACUCAAUAAAGAACUGCGAGGCUUAUGUUUACGAACAAACAUUGCAAAAAGUUAGGAAACUCAUUUCUUUUACAACCCUUUAA